CUCUGUGACGUGACCAUGUCUACGAAGGACUAUUUCGACGGGACCAACGAUACGACGACGUACGAUGUGGCCGUGGCUGCGUUCAAGUUACCAGUUGUUGUGUCACCACAAGCCAGUACACAACAUAACAUCGAUAACGGCGGCAGUAGCAGCAGCUCGACUAAGCAGACCCGGCAGCAGCAGCAGAUUAUUGAUCAGUGCGCGUCGAUCGAUAGCGGUGAACAACCGGGAGCGAACUGCAAGGAAGUUAGUGAAAGUGAAAACACCACCUCUAGUAAACAUUCCGAUAACGGUGAGGUAGCAGUGAGUAGUGGCGGCGAAGGAGAUAAGCCCGAGCCGUUAUCAGGUCAACUCGCGAACGGUGAAGGUGUAGGUGGUAGUAGUGCGAAUAGUACGGGUGAUUCUAUGAUUUACUCAACGAUACGAAGCAGCGAGGAGCACGUAAACACCCCUUCGGUGAUUACAUCCAGUUCUAAGCAGUUGCAAGAGCUCAAGUACGAAUCGCUGGGUCACGGGUUGAACUCGUCCCCGCCGCGGUACUCCACGCUACAAUCGGUUAUCAGUCCCGGCUUGGUGCAUCAACAGGUGCCGUACUUUGGCUAUCCCGGGCAGGAGUCCGCCGCGUUCAACAGUUGGCCCUAUGAUCUUUCCUACAAGGCAGCUGAUCUCGGACGGCACCACCACGACCAUCACUCGGAGAGUGACGAGCGCAGCUUAAGCCAUCACAAUCACCAACACCAAAGAGACACCGGCUACCACGACAGCCAUCAUUCGCACAAUCCGCACAUACCGCAGCAGCACCAUCAUUCGAAUUUGAGCUUAAAUCUUAAUCCAAUUAGUAGCGAAUCGUCCGCCAUGAGGAGCAGUCUGCUGGCGUUGUGCCCGACUUAUCCCGGGGGACUUGCUCAGCACGUUGGGGACGAUUUGCACCACCAGGCCGGUGGCCAUCCCCACCAGCACAGUUCGGCCAUCGACGAGGUGAUCGCCGACACACUCAAGGAUGAGAACUGCUCGAUCGUCGAUCACUAUCUAGGACUCAGUGGAUCCGCAACCCCCAACGGAACCAUGGUCGGCCACCACGCAGAUCUGUCCGAGGACUCGCCGCAGCAUCACCACCACCACCACGACCUGCACGACCUGAAAGAUUACGGCGCCGGCCUUUACCACAACAACAACGACAAAAGUGUCAUCAACUUCAACCAUCACCACCAGCAACAGCAGCAGCAGCAACAUCAGCAUCAACACCAUCAACAUCACAACGGCAACAGCAGCGGGGGCGAGUCCCGCAGCCCCUCGGGCUACUCUCACGAGGAGCUGGAGACCGGCCUGACGAACUUUACUCAGCUGAUCAACGUGUCGCGCGGCAGUGACACCGGCUCGCAGACCGUUUCCAGCAUGUACCAGUCGUCGUCGCCGGUGCACGACCACGGGACGACCGCCCUGAUGCAGCACGGGACCAGCAUCUACGAUGCCCUGCACGCUGGUGCCAUUCCCAGCAGUCCUUCGUACAGCCGCUUCCCGUCGGCCUCGAUGCAGUACUUCAACGGCAGCCCAACGCACGAUCCGGCCCACAUGUGGUCGCCGGGCGGCGUGGCCGGCCUCACCGAGAACGAGUACCUCAAGGGUGGUGGCCUGCCGGCGUUCCAGCGGAUUGCGUCCAGCACGAGUGCGGCGGCACGGGCCACCAACCACUACGCCAGCUAUGGACCACAGACCGACUCCUGGCCCUCGCACUACGAGGCGUACAGCGUCGCGACGUCUAGUUCGUCGGGCGGCAACGGUCGCCGUUCCACCACCACCGUUACACCCACGACGGCCUUCUCGGCGGCGGCAUCGCUCACUGCAAUGGGCAUUGAUGCGGACUUGUUUACCGAGGGACGAGAAUGCGUCAAUUGCGGCGCGAUUCAGACUCCGCUCUGGCGCCGGGACGGAACAGGACACUACCUGUGCAAUGCGUGCGGACUGUAUCACAAGAUGAACGGAAUGAAUCGGCCGCUGGUCAAACAGCCCAGACGCUUGGUAAAAGAACCUAGCUCGGCGAGACGCGUUGGCCUGCAGUGCUCCAACUGUAACACCACCAACACGUCCCUGUGGCGGCGGAACCAGGUCGGCGAACCGGUGUGCAACGCCUGCGGCCUGUACUACAAGCUGCACAACGUGAACCGACCACUGGCGAUGAAGAAGGACAACAUUCAGUCACGCAAACGUAAACCAAAGGGCAGCAAAAAUGCCGAUGGAACGGCAUCGUCGUCCAACUCCAAGAGCAGCAAUAGCAAUAACAGCAAUAGCAACAACAAUAACAAUAAUAGUACCACCAACAAUAAUAACAACAGCUCCAACAGUUCGUCCGUACUGGGAAACUCUGUCAAUGAACUCAAAUCGCUCAAAGCAUCGAUCGCCCACUCGAGCAUCAUUCAGUCGACGUCCACUCCGUCGAGCGUUGGCAGCAACCUGUCUCCGGCGCACCAGUCGGCAUCGUCGCCAUCGCAUCACAACCAGCUAUCGCCCCUCGCGUACACUCCGCAGGUUCCGUCACCGAUCACGAGCACUCCAACGAGUGCGAUCGUCAACACCAGCAAGUACAACCAACAGCAGAAGAGUGUCUUCAUGAUGGCCCCGUUCGGAGCAGCUUCGCUCGCCACUAACCAACACCAGGCAGCCGUGGCCUCGUUGAGCCCGAUGGGGUAUCAUUUGAACAAUAACAACAACAACGGCUCAUCGAACGGCUCGCUAAUGAGUCCAAAGUACCACCAAAGUCCGUCGGAGUCACCGAGUAGCAUGUACUACGACAUGAUGUCGGCUGAGGUCGGUGGAGUCGAUCAGCACGGGCUGAACUCGAUCGUAAAGAUGGAACCGAUGGUGGGACACUAUCAGGCAUACCAUCAGGCCCUGCAUCAACAGGUUGUUCAGCAGCAUCACCAACAGCAGCAGACUCAGCAGCAACUGCAGCAUCAACAUCAGCAGCAGCAGCAACAGCUGAUGCACAGCCAAAGCCGAAGUCCGUCCAUUUCCGACGAAAAUGACCAUCAAUCUCCCGAGGGACUCCAGGACAGCAAGCACAACAUCACGCGGCCCACGGUCGUCUCCAUGUCCAGCUAGGAUGCUGCGAAAGGAACAAAAUGCAGAAAAAAAACAACGAAACAUUAGAUAUUUCGCUUGAAUCUCAUGCUCAGAAGCCAAACGCAGACAAAACCAAAAAGACUAAUUUGAAUAGCUAACGACUGAAUCUUUCCUCUUGUGAUGAUUCAUCACUGUUCGGUACUAUCCGGCAGGCGAGCUUUUUCUUUCUCUUCCAAAAAAUACAACAUGACUGUAAAAAUAAGUGCACUUUAGCAAGAGAUAGGGACUGCUGCAGUUAGAACACAUUUUAAAUCGUUAAUGCACUUUCUAGAAAGUAACGAGAGCACUUAGUGUUAGAACAGAAUAUGAACACCUUUACGACAACUGCACGAGAACGAGUGUAUCAUCUAAUCAGCUGCUCUAGAAUUUAAAGAAUAUUUUGGUAAACCAAUCAUGUAAAUAAUUCCAAUUAAAUCGUGCGACUAGAUUUAAAACGAGGGAUUAUUUGUUAAGUUACCUCAUAAGACCAUAGCGUUAAUAGUUUUGGUACUUGCUUCAAGGCUCUCUAACUCAUGAAAAAUACUUCGUAAACUUUCCACUGAUAUAAAGCAAAUGAUUCCACCGAAAACAAAUCAAUGUAAAUUUCCAAAGCUGGCGGAAUCAUGUUAAUUAGUUUUAGCAAUCGUUUGACAAUCAGAUGCAUGACCUUUUUAAUUUUAAACAUUGUUAUUUUACGUUACCUGUUAAAGUAGAUCUAAAUUUUAUGAAAUAAACUGGUUUUAUAGCGUG